AAGGCAUUUUCCUCAAUUCUGAUUGGUCGGUUUGUCGUCCCUGAUAUUGCACUGACUGGGCGGAGCCUACGUAGAGCUCUAAACGGAUGUUUCCGUUUUGACCGUUGCUUGACAGAUCAGGACGGACCGUCGCUUUCAGCGCCUGUCGUUGAUGGCCCAGCUGUGUGUUGAGGUAGAAUGGGACAGAGCACAUCGGGCCCAGAGUCCGCAGAACCUCCACAGCUGGACAGAUUUGGAAACAUCAAGAGUUUAGUGGAGGAUCAGCUGCAGACCAGCAUGGUGGUGGGAAUAAUAAUUGGCACACUGAAACAAUCUGCCAUCGUCCUGAAUUCGCUUCUUAAUUUAUAUAUAUUUGCUUGUUUUUUUCUCUCAGAACUCGAGGCUCAGGAAGCCCCGAAGUAUCGUUUUCGUAAAAGAGACAAAGUCUUGUUUUAUGGGAGGAAGAUUAUGAGGAAGGUGUCUCAGUCCACCUCUUCGUUAGUGGGCUCUGCUUCUUCCUCCAGGCCCCGCCUCAAAAAGAAACAAAAGAUGCUGAACAUUGCCAAAAAGAUCCUGCGUUUUAAGAAGGAAGUGCCCACUCUGCAGAUGAAGGAACCUCCUCCGUCAGUGCUGGAGGCAGAUCUCACAGAGUUCGACGUGGCCAAUUCUCACCUGCCGUCUGAGGUGCUCUACAUGCUGAAGAACGUGCGUGUGUUGGGUCACUUCGAGAAGCCGUUGUUUCUGGAGCUGUGUAAGCACAUGGUGUUUCUGCAGUUCCAGCAGGGCGAAUAUGUCUUCAGACCCGGUCAGCCUGAUAGCAGCAUAUAUGUGGUACAGGAUGGCAAGCUGGAGUUGUGUCUUACUGGACAGGAUGGAAAGGAUGGAGUGGUCAAAGAGGUUUACCCUGGAGACAGUGUUCACAGUCUGCUAAGCAUCCUUGAUGUCAUCACAGGUCACCAGAGACCUUAUAAAACUGUCUCAGCGAGAGCGGCAGAAGUGUCCACUGUCCUCAGACUGCCUGUUGAUGCCUUUCUGUCCAUCUUUGAGAAGUACCCAGAGAGCCUUGUGCGGGUGGUUCAGAUCAUCAUGGUCCGUCUUCAGAGAGUGACUGUUCUGGCCCUGCACAACUAUCUGGGGCUCACCAACGAGCUCUUCAGCCAUGAGAUGCAGGCUCGUCCCUUUCCUGCCUCUCCUCAUGCAACACGCUCCAGUCCGGUACGACACAGCAGACGCUUUGGCAGUCUCACCGUUCCUGAUAAACAUCGUGAGGCCGCUGUUCAAAAUGCUUCUGGUGGGGAUCAUGGAAAGGAUGGUGCCACAACACCGACCCUCAGUAGGACCAUAUCCAUGCCUGUAGACAUCGCAGGAAUUCAGAAGGGUCUGCGUUCAGAUUUCGACAUGGCUUAUGAGAGAGGCCGGAUCUCUGUAUCUGCUGAGGAUGGAGAGGAGAAUCUGCUGAGAAAAACUCCACCUGCUUUCACACGAGAGCAGCGGGAGAGGAAGGUGACUGUGGAUGAGGUUCCUUCAAGUGUGUAUUUGUAUCCUGAGGAGGAGUCAGGAAUGGAGAACAUUUUUAGUCCAUUUCAAGGACGACCUAAUGCUACACUGUUCGAGGAGGCCCAGAAAGAGAUUCUCAAACUCAUGAAGAUUGAGGACCCUGCGCUGCUGAAUGGGAGGGUGACGUUUCAUCAUGCUAAAGCUGGAUCUGUGUUAGCCAGGCAGGGAGACCAGGAUGUGAGUCUGCAUUUUGUCCUGUCUGGUUGUCUUCAUGUCUAUCAGAAGAUGAUUGACAAGCAGGACGCAGUGUGUUUGUUUGUGACCCAGCCGGGUGAGAUGGUUGGACAGCUGGCUGUACUCACAGGAGAGCCGCUCAUCUUCACCAUCAAAGCUGAGCGUGAUUGCACCUACCUCAAGAUCUCCAAAUCUGACUUAUAUGAGAUCAUGCGUGAGCAGCCAAGUGUAGUUCUCAGUGCAGCUCACACCGUGGCUAUCCGCAUGUCCCCGUUUGUACGGCAGAUGGAUUUUGCCAUUGACUGGAUGGCUGUUGAAGCCGGGCGGGCCCUGUACAGGCAAGAUGAUCAGUCCGACUGUACCUAUAUUGUGCUGAAUGGACGACUGCGUUCUGUCAUCCGAAAAGCAAAUGGGAAGAAGGAGCUUGUUGGAGAGUAUGGCAGAGGAGAUCUCAUUGGAGUUGUGGAGGCUUUGACUCGGCAGCCUCGUGCCACCACAGUCCAUGCAGUCAGAGACACUGAGCUGGUGAAGCUUCCAGAAGGAACGCUCAACAACAUCAAGAGAAGAUACCCGCAGGUGGUGACACGCUUGAUCCAUCUGCUGGGGCAGAAGAUUCUGGGGAACCUCCAGCAGCCCCGUGGACCUUUCUCAAGCUCCGCUCUGGGUCUGCCAAGCGUGGCGUCAAGUCCGGACGUCACUAACCCAGCUAGUAAUCUCUCCACUGUGGCCGUGCUUCCUGUUUGUGAUGAUGUGCCAAUCAAUGCUUUCAAUUUGGAGCUCAGCCAUGCCCUCAGCGCCAUAGGACCAACCCUGCUGCUAACCAGUGACAUCAUCAGAGAGAGACUCGGAGCUUCUGCUUUGGACAGUAUUCAUGAGUACAGGUUAUCAGGUUGGUUGGCUCAGCAGGAGGACAUUAAUCGUAUAGUGCUGUAUCAGACGGACAGUGGUAUGACCCCAUGGACUCAACGCUGUAUCCGACAAGCUGACUGUAUCCUCAUUGUGGGGCUUGGAGACCAGGAACCUGCACUUGGAGAGUUGGAGCAGAUGCUGGAGAACACAGCGGUACGGGCCCUGAAGCAGUUAGUUCUGCUGCAUCGUGAGGACGGGCCGGGUCCGUCGAGAACCGUUGAAUGGCUGAACAUGCGAAGCUGGUGCUCUGGACACCUUCACCUAAAGUGCCCUCGUAGAGUUUUCUCACGAAGAAGCCCCUCCAAACUGCGAGAGGUAUAUGAAAAGGUUUUCGAGAAGACUGCAGACAGACACAGUGAUUUCUCACGACUGGCCAGAGUACUCACAGGAAACAGCAUAGCCCUUGUGCUGGGCGGAGGGGGAGCCAGGGGCUGCUCUCAUGUUGGUGUAAUCAAAGCCAUGGAGGAAGCAGGAAUUCCCAUCGACAUAGUGGGAGGAACAUCCAUUGGCUCAUUCAUUGGUGCUCUGUAUGCAGAGGAGAGAAGUGCUGUUAGGGUCAAGCAGAGGGCGAGAGAGUGGUCCAAGGCAAUGAACUCCGUAUUCAAAACGGUACUGGAUCUUACUUAUCCAAUCACAUCCAUGUUUUCUGGCUCUGCCUUCAACACCAGCAUCUCUAAAGUCUUUGAGGACAAACAAAUCGAGGACUUGUGGCUGCCUUACUUUAACGUGACCACAGACAUCACAGCUUCUGCUAUGCGUGUUCAUAAAGAUGGCUCCCUGUGGCGCUAUGUCAGGGCGAGCAUGACCCUUUCCGGGUACCUGCCACCCCUCUGCGACCCUAAAGAUGGAAACCUGCUCAUGGAUGGAGGAUACAUCAACAACCUGCCAGCGGACAUAGCUCGUAAUAUGGGCACAAAAACAGUCAUCGCCAUCGAUGUGGGCAGCCAGGAUGAGACUGAUCUCUGUAACUACGGUGACAGUCUUUCUGGCUGGUGGCUGCUAUGGAAACGAAUCAACCCGUGGGCAGAGAAAGUGAAGGUGCCUGACAUGGCUGAAAUCCAGUCCCGUUUGGCCUAUGUAUCUUGUGUACGACAGCUGGAAGUUGUCAAGAAGAGCGCAUACUGCGAGUACAUUCGGCCGCCCAUCGACCGCUUUAAGACCAUGGAUUUUGGGAAAUUUGAUGAAAUCUAUGAUGUGGGUUAUCAACAUAGUAAACUACUGUUUACUGAGUGGGCUCGUGGGGACAUUAUAGAAAAUUUGCUGAAAGACCAUCGCUCAGCGGACUACAACGACAGCAAGAAGACUGAUUCGUGCACGUGUCCUAGUGCAGACUUCACUGAUCUAGCUGAAAUUGUGUCCAGGAUUGAGCCGGUGCAGAGCUACUUAGGAGCUGAUGCAGAGGAGUCUGACUAUGCGACGGAGUACGAGGAGGACGGGAUGGACACAGUGAGAGAAGAGGAAGGUGAGGAAGAGGAAGUGGAGGAGUCCGAAGACCCUGAGGACCAGUCUCCUGGAGAAUGGGGACCAAAUGGGAUCUUCACAUCAGAUGAAGAGAAGACCGUCCGUCAGAGGAAGAACAUCACCAGGGACCCCAACUUGGACUUCUCUGGAGUGUCAGAUUGCUGAAAAGGGAGUAAUGCAGGGUCAAAGGGCACUGGAAAGAGAAGCAGAGUCCCACCAGGGACUGAUGACUAUAAAGACAAAUACAGAAGAAAAGACUUCUGAAUUAAUAAGAUUGUUGGAAAGUCACCAAAGAUACUGUGAUUAACCCUGUUAACACUACAUUACCCACAACUUGUCACCAAAACUGUGACUCUGUUAUGCCUUUGGGAUUUUUUUUUUUUUUUUUUUGGCCCAAGACCCACUACAACAACAGGGUCCAAAGACUAUGGGGGCCCACCAAGGCAGAGGAACCACUCCUUGAAAUACUUUGCCACUGAAAUUUGGGGCUCUACAUCUUUUGAGAUGUUUUGUGGGAAAUGAUGUCUACAGUAUACCACUAUCCUUAAAUUCUGGUUUUCCUCUCUGUUUCCAGAUGAUACCAGUUUAGCA